CCACCAACGACGACACGCUCACCGACAGCAGCACAAUAGCGCAGAUUCCUAAUCAAUGCGACUCCUUUCCGCCUUUGCUUUAGUGCUAGUGGCAGUGGCGCCUUUUUCCCAGUCGUUCAUCGUGUACCCUUCAUCAUCAACGCAACACGCGCCGAUCAGCGGCGGAACGAUGUCAUCUACGAGCACAUCAUCAUCAGCAGUGCAACCGGCGGGGGAAGCAGGAGCCGUCACGGUACCAGGGAAAUCGCAGCUGGUGGUCAGGAACGAGGAAGAGGGCUACGAUCUGAAUGGCGUGCUGACGGUGAAACGAGAGGAUUCUAAGUCCGUGUGGGUUCUUUGCCACGGGCUCUGCUCGAGCUGCGAAGGCACCGUUCCCGCAUUUGUUAGCCGAGAGCUGUCGGAGAACACCUACAGAUUCGACUUUGCCGGAUGCGGGCAGUCCGGGGGGGACUGGAGGUACGCCGGCUACGACAAAGAACUGGGCGACUUGCGAGCGGUUGUGCUUCGGCUAAGGGAGCUCGGGUGGAACGUGGACUGCGUUCUGGGCCAUUCGAAGGGCGCUGCGGCCGUGUUGCGGUACGGGGAGACGUUUGACGACGUCCCGCUGGUGGUGAACGUGGCGGGACGAUUCGACACGAGUGAGACCCCUCGAUCACGCUUCACGGAGGAGCAGUGGAACCAGCUCGAGGAGACGGGAUCUUUCGAGUGGAAUGUCAGGGGGGAAGAUCUCACCAUCAACAAAAGCGAUUUUGAGGAGCGAGCCGCGCUCAACAUGAAGAAGACGGCCGCAUCGAUCACCCGAUCGAAGGUCCUGACCAUUCACGGCACCGAGGAUGAAACCAUCCCGGUAGCCGAUGCUUACGAGUUCGACAAGGUGCUGCCCAACAACGAGCUCGUCGUCGUGGAGGGUGCAACCCACCGCUUCGCCACCGAGCCCGAGCAGGUCGAAGUAAUGAAGGCGCUCAACCGAUACUUGGAGAAGGCGGAAGAACCGUCAACCGCAGAGAGAUAG